AUAAGCACUAUGAGCGAGGCUGAUGCUUCUCUCAGUGUGAAGGAUGAGGAAAUUGAUGUUGCUGAAGUGGAAAAAUAUCGCAAAGAACGCGAAAAUGAGCAGUUCCCGGACGAAAUUGACACACCAGUAGAUACCCCAGCUCGAAUUCGCUUUCAGAGAUAUCGUGCGCUAAAAAGUUUCAGGACAUCGCCAUGGGACCCACUCGAAAAUCUUCCUCAGACAUAUUCUCGUAUUUUCAAGUUCGCUGAUUACCGUCAUUCGAAAAAAGUCGCAUUGUCUGCUGUGGCUAACGAAAACGAUUACAGUGCUCCGGGAGGCGCAUAUGUUUCCAUUUACAUUUCGAGAGUACCAACAGAUUUAAUAGGGUAA